AUGGAAAGAGGAAAUCAAACAUGGGACUUGGAAUUUGUCCUUUUGGGCUUAUCCAGUCAGCCUGGAACUCAAAAAGGACUUUUUGUUCUUUUUCUUCUGAUGUAUCUGGUGACUUUGGCAGGGAACAUUCUUAUCAUGCUGGUGAUAAGAAGAGACCCACGCUUACACACCCCCAUGUAUUAUUUUUUGAGUCACUUAUCCUUCCUGGACAUGUGCUACACCACCACAAUCAUCCCUCAAAUGUUGACCAACUUCCUGGCACAAUGCAAAACCAUCUCCUUUGUGGGUUGCAUGGCACAAAUGUAUAUUUCAUUGUCCCUAGGAGGUAUUGAAUUCAUCCUGUUGGCUGUCAUGGCAUAUGACCGAUAUAUGGCCAUAUGUCACCCCUUGCGCUACAACAUUGUUAUGAGCCAGAGAUUCUGUAUGCAAAUGGCAGUAGGAUGUUGGUUAAGUGGGUUCCUAAAUGGUCUUUUGCAAACUGUGUUUACUUUGAACUUGCCAUUCUGUGGAAUGAAGAUCAUCAACCAUUUUGGUUGUGAAGUGUUAGCUGUACAGCAGCUAGCCUGUUCGAGUACCUUCAUUGGGGAUGCUGUAAUGCUGGUUGCUGGUGUCCUCAUACUGCUCACACCCUUCUUUCUUGUGUUGGUAUCUUAUGUGUAUAUACUCUCUACCAUCCUUCAGAUCCAUUCUGCUGAGGGAAGAAGAAAAGCCUUUUCUACCUGCACAGCACACCUAACAGUGGUGACUCUAUGUUAUGGGACAGCCAUAUUUGCCUACUUGCGGCCCAGGUCCUAUUACUCACCCAGGCAGGGAAAGACUGUCUCACUAUUCUACUGUGUUAUUACUCCCAUGUUGAAUCCCGUGAUCUAUAGUUUGAGGAACCAAGAGGUAAAGGGGGCCCUAGUUAAAGUUAUUGGGGGGAAAGACAAAAAGAAAGCUGUAUUUUGCUUUUGA